UUAUCCAAAGCCACCGUUUCACGAAACCAUCCACCAAGCCACCAAGGAGAAACAACAGAAGGAGAAGAUGAAGCAAGGACUUCUCUCAUGGAGUCCUUGCCCCCUUUUCCUCUCUCUACCACCCACUUCAACAACCAUCAAUAAAGUACCCAGACCCAUCACACCAAUAUCUGCAACGCUCAAGUCUGUCAACGAAAAACUACUCACAGCAAGAGAGAGAAGACAACUCCGAAACGAGAGGAGGGAGAGCAAACCCAGUUACAAUUGGCGAGAAGAAGUAGAAGAGAGGCUCAUUAAGAAGCCCAAGAAAAGGUACACUUCAUGGACCGAAGAGCUUAAUCUUGAUAACCUUGCUUUACUAGGUCCUCAGUGGUGGGUCGUCCGAGUUUCGAGAGUUUCUUGGCAGGACAUUGCUGAAAGGCUGGCGAAAUCACUUGCCCGAAACUUGCCAGACAUAGAAUUCAAGAUGUAUGCUCCGGCCAUCCAGGUAAAAAGGAAAUUGAAGAAUGGAUCUAUCUCCGUGAAACCAAAGCCCCUUUUCCCUGGGUGUAUAUUUUUGAGGUGUACAAUGAACAAACAAAUACAUGACUUUAUACGGGAAUGUGAUGGAGUUGGAGGCUUUGUCGGAUCCAAAGUUGGGAAUACAAAACGACAGAUUAACAAACCCAGGCCAGUAGACGCAGAUGACUUGGAAGCAAUCUUUAAACAAGCCAAAGAGGAACAGGAAAAAGCUGACCAAGCUUUUGAAGAAGAGCAGCAAGGGGAACUAACUCCAGACUCAGAAGAACAGAAAUUAAACUCUAAUUUUGCUUCCAGAGACAAUGCAGAUUCAAUUAUCUCUUCAAAACCAAAAAGCAGAUCCAAAAAAAAUUCAGAACGUCCUACAAGUGGUCCACCAGCGGGAACGGAUGAUAAGCUCCUUAUCCCCGGUUCAUCUGUGCAAGUUGUCUCUGGGGCAUUCGCUGGGUUUUCAGGCAUGCUUAGGAAGCUAGAUCGCAAGAUGAGAAUGGCAACUGUUGUAUUUACGUUAUUUGGAAAGGAGACCAUAGCAGACUUAGAUGUCAGGGAAAUUGUGGUUGAGGUGAACUGAAAUACAAAGAUUCUUGAUAUUUUUCAUUGAAUGAAUGCUUGAGCUAGAGCACGUAAGCGCUGGUUGAAACUACCCUGAAGGCAACUUUUACAAAGGAAGAAAGAAAAAUAAGAUUUCAUUGGGGAGCAAUCUGUAUAUUUUGAAGCAUGUAAUGCAAAUUAGAGAUGGCAUCUUUUAGAUUUAUGUAAAGAUCUCAAUGAGCUAAAGCUUAAGCUACAUCCAGUUUCAAGCUGACUUGAAAGAAUUGAUUUAUCAGGAGAGUAGUUAGAAUGAAGUGUUUGAGGGCUGGUUUAAAAUGGUUAAUACAUCAGCAUGUGCAAGGAUCUGUCGGAUUUCUGCAGCUCUAAUUGGACAGUCAACAAACCAGGUUUUAUGUGUCUGCCUCCCCAACAUUAGACUUGAUGAAAAAAUUGUUUGGGAAACCUAGAUAAGUUUGCAGCAAAAGAAUCCUUAAAAGAGUAAACAUGAAGCAGAUGUUGAGGUUGAAAUUUAUUGGUCCUUUUCUGUAGACAUGAAUUUUUUUUUUCACCACUGAAAAGGCUGAUCAAAGUGGAUUUAACGAGAACUCUAGCUGUUGAGGAAUGUUCUGAAGCAUUAUGGAAGUUGGAUGCCCUUGAAUCUGUUUGGGCAGGCUAGGUCAUUUUCCAUUGAAUUUUGCAUCCCAUGGGUAUAUGAUUUGAUAGAUAUCUCCAUAUCAGCUUGAUUGUUGAGCACACACUCGAGCACUUUGGACUCAGAACAGUUUUAGAAAACUCUGCCUUUGUUCCUUGUUGAUAACUUGAGAUUGGCCAUCCAGAUUGUGGUAUGCCUUGCAAUUUUAAAUGUAAGCUCAACUUGUUUUGUUACCUCCCAGUCUCUGUUGUGUUUAAUUGUCUCAGGCAUAGGGGUCAAACAGUACUUUUGAAAGCCUCUAGAUUGUAUCCCCUUUCAUUGCCCUUGUAUUAUCCAUUAUGUAGCAAUUUUGAUCACAAAGUUUCAGAGAGAGGAGAGGGGGUGGCGAUGAAAUGCCAUGCAGUACCCAUCUUUUUGGUUGUAUCAUUAUAGGCUAGGAAAGCGUGUCUGGGCAGAUUGGUGGAUUGACGGCCCCUUCUGCACUCAAUCUAGCAAUUUUUUGAUGUACUGCCACUUAAACAAAUACCAUCAUGGUUUGGGGAAAUCAUGAUCGUUCAUAGAAAGGUACUCAGAAUGGUGUAUUGUCCCAGCUGUUUGAGUUGCAUGUGUGUGUUCUUUCUUUGUUUUUUGGUUGUCCUUUUUUUUUUUUUUUGGG